AGAGUGCGGAAACGCCUCCUUACGUCAAAUCCCGUGUCCGACCGAGUGAUGGGCGCUGAUGUGGGCCGCCCGAUCGUUGCCUCUAUUCUCGCUGCUAAUAGAUCUGGUAAGGAGUAUUUCGUCGAACAAUUCUGCGUGUUACUCAUGUGUUGCCCUCAACUACAGAAGUGCUAUACCAUCGCGUAACGGUCCGCUUCCUCCGCCACUAGACCCCAGAAAUCUCUCAGAAUUGUUCGAUGCCAUGCGUACAAGUGGGAUUCAAAUACCACCGCUGACAGACGCUUGCGCAGACCUGGCACCUUCGACAUCGCCGACCACAUUCAUGCGAUCUCCAGUCAUUCUUUGCGAAUCGAAGACCUGCUCCAAGUUAAGCUUCAACUUCAAAGGCGAGAAAGUUGUGGUGCGAGAUUGUAUCACGAACACAUUUGCGAAUGAGGAGCUUUUGAAGCAAUUUCGUGGAAGUUGUUCACAGCAUUCAUCAACUACGAUUGGUCUUCUCAGUAGUGUCUCCUUGUGCGAGUGCGAACGCGACCUCUGCAACUCUUCGGAGCGGCAUUAUUUUCACGGGAUGUUUUUGUUGUCUUUACUAUUCUUAUAGUUCAGGGUGGGAAUUUUCUGUAAGAAUGUAUCAAUCAGGUAAUAAUGUCUAGUCUAAGACCAUGUGAUAUCAAAUGAUUUACAAUUAUACUAGAGAUCAUCUUUAAAAAAGUAGGUUAGUUUUGAACUAAGACUGUUUUUGGUGCCUAACGAAAAAAAGCUUGCACUUUUACAGCAUUUUAAGCAUUGCAGUACGGGUAUAACUCACUUGCUAAGCACUAUCUGUAUGAAAUUGUUUGAAAUCUGUUGAUGUGAGAGCACUGCUCGCAAGAGA